AUGGUGUCUUGGGACAAGGCCCACCUGGGCCCUAAGUACAUGGGCCUCUGGGACUUCAAGGCGAGAACAGAUGAGGAACUGAGCUUUCAGGCAGGAGACCUCCUCCAUGUUACCAGAAAGGAGGAACAGUGGUGGUGGGCCACCCUACUGGAUGCGGAAGGCAAGGCCUUGGCUGAAGGCUACGUGCCCUACAAUUACCUGGCUGAGAAGGAAACUGUGGAGUCUGAGCCGUGGUUCUUUGGUUGCAUCUCCCGCUCAGAGGCCAUGCACAGGCUGCAGGCUGCAGACAACUCGAAGGGUGCCUUCCUGAUUAGAGUCAGCCAGAAGCCAGGAGCAGACUAUGUCCUCUCUGUGCGGGAUGCUCAGGCCGUGCGACAUUACAGGAUCUGGAGGAACAGUGGGGGCCGGCUGCACCUGAAUGAGGCAGUAUCCUUCUCCAGCCUGUCUGAGCUUGUAGACUACCACAAGAUCCAGAGCCUGUCCCAUGGCCUGCAGCUGACCAUACCGUGCUGGAAGCACAAAACUGAGCCUUUGCCCCACUGGGAUGACUGGGAGAGGCCAAGGGAGGAGUUCACCUUCUGUAAGAAGCUGGGAGCCGGCUACUUUGGGGAGGUCUUUGAAGGGCUCUGGAAAGGCCAGGUCCGUGUGGCUGUGAAGGUGAUCUCUAGAGACAAUCUCCUGCACCAGCACACCUUCCAGUCUGAGAUCCAGGCCAUGAAGAAGCUGCGGCACAAGCACAUCCUGUCACUGUAUGCUAUCGCAACUGCAGGGGACCCUGUCUACAUCAUCACAGAGCUCAUGCCCAAGGGGAGCCUGCUGCAACUAUUGCGAGACUCUGAUGAGAAAGCCCUGCCUGUUUCGGAGCUGGUGGACUUUGCAUCGCAGGUUGCUGAGGGCAUGUGCUACCUGGAAUCUCAGAAUUACAUUCAUCGUGACCUGGCUGCUAGGAACGUUCUUGUUACAGAGAACAAUCUCUGCAAAGUGGGGGACUUUGGGCUGGCCAGGCUUGUCAAGGAGGACAUCUACCUUUCUCACGACCACAACAUCCCCUACAAAUGGACGGCACCCGAGGCACUCUCUAGAGGGCAUUACUCCAUCAAAUCUGACGUCUGGUCUUUUGGGAUUCUCCUCCAUGAAAUUUUCAGCAGGGGGCAGAUGCCCUACCCAGGCAUGUCCAAUCACGAGGCCUUCCUGAGGGUGAAUGCCGGCUACCGCAUGCCCUGCCCCCUGGAGUGCCCGCCCAACAUACACAAGCUGAUGCUUGACUGUUGGAGCCAGGACCCCAAGCAGAGACCUUGCUUCAAAGACCUGUGUGAGAAACUCUCAGGCAUCACCAGGUAUGAGAACCUAGUCUGAGCUCCUUGGACAUGGCCAGGAUCCACAGAAGAAGGCCUCAUGAUUAUCCUGGACCUCUGAUGAAGGUGUGCACCAUCCUUCAUUUUACUGAGAUGAAGGGAUAGGAAACAUACCUAACAUACCUCAAAUACUGCAUGUUGUCAAGGAAAGAGUAAAGAGGCAGCCAUAUUCCUUUCUCAUCUACCCUCCUCCAGGAGGCAGUCCACAAACUCCAGGAGAUCACUCUCUGGCUUUGUCCUCCCUUCUGUGAAGACUUCAUGUGACAGAGAAGCCAAGAAGAGUCUAGACAACAGGCCUUGCGGAGUUCUUGCCAGCAUAUCACUUUCAGAAUAUACCUGUCCUUGGUCAUUCCUCUGCUCAACUGUCCAAAAACACAUCCCCCCACUCCUUGGCACCUCAAUUUUGCAGGCUUUUACAGCCACAUAAAACUCAGAACAGGUUUGCAUGAUUUUCUCUCUCUAACCUUGCCUUUGCUUAAAGAGUAUCAUCUAGGAAGCUGAAGACAGAUAAAAGGAUACGAAAUUUCCUCCCUGCAGUUUCUGGUGCGCAGGGAGGCGUACUGAGGCGUACUGAGAUACCUGAUCAUCUGGAGCCUGCACAGGUAGAGGAAAGCUGAUAGAGCCAGUAAGAGCCAGUCCCCCCCUCCCCCCCCACACACACACCAAGACAGGAUUUCUUUAUACAAUAGUCUUGGCUGUCCUGGAACUCACUUUGUAGACCAGGCUGGCCUUGAACUCACAGAGAUCCACCUGCCUCUGCCUCCUGAGUGCUGGGAUAUUCUUACAUGUGGGCAGAGGCAGCUCUUCGUGAGGCACUGUCCUCCAUUCUAGAGUCAGAUUCAGUUCGGGCUUGUGAGUUUUGUGUUUAGUUUUAGAGCUCCAGGUCCUUUCCCUUCAAAAUUAGAUGUUUUUGUCCUGAGCUCCUGAGGCAGGAUAACACCCUCUCUGGAAAAUUACUGACCUCAUGCUCUGGCCCAUCCUCCAUUCUCCCCUUCCAGUUUGGCUCCGAGUCUUCCCUGAUGGCUCUGGUCCAAGUCUGCUUUCCUCAUGUGUCUUCAUCGUUCUUGAACCUAUGCUUGACCCCUGAAGUCCAGCCAGACUAUCUGCUCCUCGUGGCAGCUCCGUCUACUUGAACAUUAGAUCCCCAGUUCUGAGGGGGAGUACCCCAAAAGCACCUACCUGAGGCUGCCUUACUGGAAGUGAGCGUAACCAUCUCAGCAUGUAUUUAUCAGCUACUUUCAGACUGACCUCUUACAAUGGCUGAACAUGUCCCUACCUCCUCUUGGAAAAUUCCUGUGUCCAAGAGUUGACACUGUCUGGAAAGUCAAGUUGUCUUUCAAUUUCCAGGGACAUGGGAGAACACAGGAAAACAUUUGGAAAUGGGGUAAAUGAAAACUCUUAGAACUAAGUCCUUUGCAUAGACUUUAGUAAAAAAUUUCCCCUCUCUGAGUAACUGUGCCUUUCCUUUUCACCAAGAAC